UUUCCUUUAUGAUGACAACGAUAAAGUGUAAAUCUGUAAUUGAGUUACCCUUUCCCAUAUUUAAAGUGGCUUAAUGUUCGGAUGAAACUGCGUAAUUUGCUGAUAUUUUUCCAGAGUCGUUAUCACCACUGACAGAGCAAGUGAAAAAUGGCUGCAAAUCUUGCAGGGAUGGCGUUUAUACCUUAUUACAAACAUCUGAUGGAAAUUCUUGAAACAAAUGCAGAAUUAAAGAAAACAAGCAAAGGUAUUUUCAAGCAGAUGGCCUGGGCUGCUGGGGGUACGUGUGCAGGUGGUUUAGUGGGUGGACCACCAGGUGCUCUGGUGGGUGGAUUUGUGGGUUCAGUGAUUGGCUACUGUAAAUCUGAUGAAUAUAGCUCAAUGAUAAAAGUGUUAAAAAAUCUCAGUGACUAUGACAAACAACGUUUGGUGGAGAAAGUACAAGAACUUGUUGGUAGCUCAGGCCUAGAAGCUCUCACAGCAUUCGUUGGUUCCCAGGUUCAACGUGAGCUGUUAUUAAAUGUUAUACGAACAGUCUUACAGAAUAAAGAUGGAGGGUAGUACAUCAGGAUUCCAAUUUCAUAUAAUUUUGAUAUUGUUGAGAUAAAAGUUUUUGUUAAAAA